ACCAUUCUCUCUCGUCUCCCAAAGCGUAAAAGAUGACUUUCAAGGUUGCUGUAUUCGUUGCCUUAAUGGCCGGUGCCCUUGCCGACUCUGCUCCUAGAUAUAGUCCUCCUACUCCUUCCUACAAUCCUCCCGCUCCUACAUACAACGCCCCUGCACCCGCCCCUUCGGGACCUGCUCAGUACGAUUUUAACUAUGCCGUGAAAGACGACUACUCUGGAAACGACUUCGGUCACCAAGAGAGCCGAAACGGAUACGACACUCAGGGUACCUACUACGUCCAGCUUCCCGAUGGUCGUCUGCAGACGGUGACCUACACCGUGAACGGCGACUCCGGUUACGUCGCUGAAGUUUCUUACCAAGGAGAAGCCCAGUACCCAGCCCAGCAGCCUUCUAGGUCCUAUCAACCCGCUCCUGCUCCAUCCUACCAGCCUGCCCCCUCCCCAUCCUACCAGCCUGCUCCCACCCCUGCCUAUGGUUAAUCAUUUGUACUUAUGUGCAAAAACGGAAGAAGAAGUUUGAACAAAGAUUAUCUGUUUGUAAAUAAAUAUAAUGAAAGGUUAAACA